AUGGGCCCCCGCGGAGCGCGGCGCGCCGCCGGCUGCCUGCUGCUCUGCUGGGCUCUGGCCGCCGCCCGCGCCGCCCCGCGCAGGACACCCUCGUUCGACGGGCACGUCGCGGAGAACCGGCCGGCGGGCACGCGGGUGCGCGGGCUCAGCAUCCCCCUGACGCGGCUGGGGCCCGAGCCCUGGUGCGCCAAGGUGCAGGGGCGCCGCUGGCACCUGCAGCUGCUGGGCGAGGGACACUCGCACUUCCAGGUGUCGCUGGACGCGCGCACGGCCCGCGUGUGGCUGCGCACCCGCCGCCCGCUGGACCGCGAGGCGCGGGCGCUCUACUCGCUCCGCCUGGGGCUGUGCUGCAAGCGCUGCGCGCCCCAGGGCGCCGCGCCCGCCGAGCUGGCCGCGCUCACCGUGCGCGUCCUGGACGACAACGACAACGCGCCGCGCUUCGUGGGGCCCGGCUCCGCGCAGCUCCGCGUGGAGGAGACGCUGGCGCUCAAGUCCCAGGUGUGGCAGGCGCGGGCCGAGGACGCGGACGCGGGCGCCAACGCGGAGCUGCGCUACUUCGCCCUCCCGCGCAGCGCGCACUUCUUCGUGGUGCCGCGCAGCGGCCGCGUGGUGCUGGUGAGCUCCCUGCUCCACCUGCGCGCUCCCAUCCCGCUGCGCGUCUACGCGCGGGACCGCGGCCGGCCCGCGCUGCUCAGCGAGCCCCUGGAGCUGGAGGUGCUGCCGCAGCCCAAGCGCCUCCCGCCGCCGCCGCCCCGCCGCCGCCGGGCCGCGCUGCCGCCCGCCGCGCCCCUGGCGCUCGCCCUGCCCGAGGACGCCCGGCCGGGCACCCGCCUGGCCACCCUGGCCCCGGCGCGCUUCGCCUCCGCCUGGUUCGAGCUGCUGUCGCCGCCCGUCGAGGAGUCGCCGGUGAGCGUGGAGCGAGAGAGCGGCGAGGUGACGCUGCGCGCCGCCCUGGACAGGGAGGCGGUGGCCGCCUGGGAACUCGUCGUCCGCGUCCAGGAGCGCCGAGGGAAGGACUGGUACCUGGUGCACGUGUCACUUACUGUGACAGACGUGAAUGACAACGUCCCUGAGUGGGCCAUGGAGCCCUUCCCCUUCCUGGCUGUGGUUUCCCCCGAGGCUGCAGGAGGCACUGAGGUGUACAAGCUGCUUGCUGUGGAUGCAGAUGAAGGGAUCCAUGGAACUGUGGAAUAUUUCCUCUUGGAAGGUGGUGAAGACAGAUUUGAAGUUGAGAAGGACACUGGCUGGAUUAAAACCACAGGUUUGCCACUGGUGAGGGACAAGGAGUAUUUGCUGACUGUACUGGCAGCAGACAAGCUUGGCAGCAGAGGGUCCCCAGCCUCUGUGUCUGUCAUUGCUGGAUUCCGGCCGCCGCAGUUCACCAACAUCUCGUACUGUGUGUACGUUCCUGAGAGCACCCUGCCAGGAGAAGUCUUUCUUACAGUCACUGCUGUGUCCUAUCAAAAGGAAUCCCUGAGCUACAGUUUGCUCACUAAUCCUGGGGCUCUGUUCAGCAUUGAUGGGGCCACAGGAGAGCUCAGUCUAACUCGGAGUGUGGAUUAUGAAGGAGACCCCCACCAGUUCCUCCUUUUGGUCAGGGCAGAGGAGAGUGAGGAGCAGUUCAGCACUGCUGCUGAGGUUUUGGUUGUAAUCACAGAUGUGAAUGACUGUGCCCCCGAAUUUCACCAGUCGAUUUACAGCAAAGUUGGUGUUCCUGAAACAGUUCCUAUGACAACUGCACUUCUCCAAGUGACAGCCACUGACUGUGACUCCAAGGAGAAUGCCCAGCUGCUGUAUUACACUCUGAGCCAAGAUUUCAGCAUUACCUCUCAUGGCACUGUUUUCCCAGCCACAAGGUUGGACUAUGAGCGCCCCAACCACCUCUAUGAGUUCAUCAUUAUGGCUGUGGAUCAGGGGGAAGAGCCCAGGACUGGCACAGCAACUGUUAGGAUCCAUGUCUCCAAUGUGAAUGAUGAAGCACCUGAGUUUUCUCAGACUAUCUACAGGAGCUUUGUUUCUGAAGAUGCAGGCCCAAACACACUGAUUGCCACAGUUAAUGCUGUUGAUCCUGAUGGAGAUGGUGUGACAUAUGAUAUUCUGUCUGGGAAUGAGAGAGGGAACUUUGUUAUUGACCCUAAGAAAGGGCUGGUUAGACUUCGUGCAAGCCCAUUUCCUGAGCUGCAGGGGACAGAAUAUGUGCUGAAUGUCACAGCUACUGAUGAUAAUGCCUCUGGAGGGCCCCAUCCUCUCACAAGUACUGCCCAGGUUGUUGUGAAAAUCGAUGAUGUCAACAACAACAAACCUGUCUUUCAGAAGUGCCAGUAUUAUCGGGAACAUGCUUCUGUCCUGGAAAAUCAGCCUUCAGGGACUGUUGUUCUGCAGGUUGAAGCCACUGAUGCUGAUGAAGGGGUCAAUGGAAUAGUGAAAUAUGGCUUGAUGCACAGAGAUGGUGUCCUACCAGCAUUUAGCAUCCACCCUGACACAGGAGUUCUGACAACUGUUCAGGUAUUUGAUCGAGAAAAGCAGAGGGAAUAUCCCAUCACUGUGACAGCAACAGAUCAGGCAGCGGAGCCACUCAUUGGGAUAUGUCAGAUCAAUAUUGUCAUCCUGGACCAAAAUGACAAUGACCCCAGAUUUGAAAACACCCACUAUGAAUAUUUCCUUAGAGAGGACACAAGAGUUGGGACCAGCUUCCUGCGUGUUGCAGCCCGUGAUGAUGACCACAGCUCAAAUGCUGCCAUCACAUAUUCCAUAGCAAGUGAUGAACCAAAUUAUUUACAGAUUAAUCCUACCACAGGCUGGGUGUUUGUGAACCAACCCAUAUCUCAGAAGUCAUCUAUAAUUCGAGAGAUUACUGCUACAGAUGGAGGCAACAGGAGCAGUAAAGUUGAACUUGCUGUAACUGUAACCAGUGCAAAAAACCAACCUCCACAGUGGGAAAGAGACAGCUAUGAAGUUGUUAUUCCAGAGAACACGACACGGGAUGCCUCAAUUUUGACAAUCAAAGCAACUUCUCCCCUUGGAGAUCCCCGUGUCACUUACAACCUGGAAGAGGGGCUUGUCCCAGAGACCAACAUGCCAGUGCGUUUCUACCUGACUCCAAACAGACACGAUGGCUCUGCUUCCAUCCUGGUAGCUGAGCCCCUGGAUUAUGAAACAACAAAGAGCUUCCAGCUGCGGGUGCGAGCUCAGAACGUGGCUGCAGUUCCUCUGGCAGCAUUCACCACGGUCCAUGUCAAUGUCACAGAUGUCAAUGACAAUGUCCCAUUCUUCACUUCAUCCAUUUAUGAAGCCUCAGUAACAGAGGGAGCUGAGGUGGGGACGUUUGUCACUCAGGUGUCUGCCACUGACCUCGACCUUGGUCAGCAUGGGGAGAUAACUUACUCCCUGUUACAUGACAGUGGCAGAGACUACACCUGUUUUCGCUUGGACCCCCAGACAGGCUCCAUUUACACCACCUCAGUGUUUGACAGAGAGGAGAAGGGCUCCUACCUCCUGGAAGUCAAGUCAGUGGAUGGCUCUGAGUCAGCUCGACCUGGAAAGCAUGGGAAGCCAAACUCUGACACGGCGUACGUGCGCGUGUCCGUCAGCGACGUCAACGACAACCAGCCCGUGUUCGCGCAGAGCGUCUACGAGCUGAGCGUGGACGAGGACCAGGAUGUGGGCUCCACCAUCCUCACAGUCACUGCCAACGAUGAGGAUGAAGGAACAAAUGCUAAACUACGGUAUCAGAUCACAGCUGGAAACACAGGAGGGGUGCUGGAUGUAGAUCCAGAAACAGGAGCCAUUGUCAUUGCCCAGCCACUGGACUAUGAAGAAACAAAAAUGUAUGAGAUCCACUUGUUGGCCUCUGAUGGGAAAUGGGAGGAUUAUGCAGUUAUCAUCAUCAACAUCAUGAAUAAGAAUGAUGAGGCUCCAGUUUUUUCUAUCAAUGAAUACUAUGGAAGUAUAAUUGAGGAACUGGAUUCGCUGCCAGUCUUUGUACUUCAGGUUAUGGCCAGUGAUCCUGAUAGUGGUGUUGAUGGAGGAGAUUUGAGAUAUUCCUUGCACGGGUAUGGUGCAGGUGACAUUUUCACAAUAGAUGAGAAAACAGGCAGCAUUUACUCCCACAAGAGGCUGGACCGGGAAGAGAGAGCCCUGUGGAGGUUCAUUGUGCUGGCCACUGAUGAAGGUGGAGGAGGACUCACAGGCUUUGCUGAUGUGAUCAUCAACGUGUGGGAUAUAAAUGACAAUGCACCCACGUUCACAUGCAUGCCUGAUGACUGCAAUGGGAAUGUCUUUGAAAACUCUCCUGCAGACACCUUGGUCAUGGAGAUGGCUGCAGUGGAUCGUGAUGACCCGAACGUUGGUGUGAACGCUGUCCUGACCUACAGGAUAACAGAGAAUGUGAAGAACGAGUUUGGUACUGACAUGUUUAACAUCAAUCCCAGUACUGGCACCAUCCACGUGGCAGGGGGGCUGCUAGACAGGGAGAGGACUGAAAGUUACUUCCUUACUGUUGAAGCAAGAGAUGGCGGAGGGCUAACAGGAACUGGCACUGCCACUGUCUGGGUUGCAGAUGUCAAUGAUAAUGUUCCCAAAUUCACAAAGAAGCUGUGGCAGGCAGCAAUUCCUGAGAACAGUGCCAUCGACUCAGAAGUCCUGCAGGUGUGUGCUACAGAUGCAGACAUUGGGGAAAAUGCAGACUUAAUGUUCAGUAUCAUUGGGGGAGACCCAGAUGAGAAGUUCUACAUUGAGAAUGACAAAGAAUGGCAAUGUGGCACUGUUCGACUGAAAAAGAAGUUAGAUUUUGAGAAUGCCCGUGAAAGACAGUUUAAUCUUACUGUUACUGUGGAAGACCUGGAUUUUUCCAGUGUUGCAGUGUGCCUGAUUGAAGUUGAAGACUCAAAUGACCACAGCCCAGCUUUCCCUUCUCAGUUUAUUCAGACAAACCCUGUGUUUGAAGAUGUGCCUGUAGGUACUACAGUAACCACAGUGAGGGCUACAGACAAGGACUCUGAUUUGAAUGGGAAGAUUAUCUAUUCUAUAAAGUCAGACUCAGACCCUUUGAGACAGUUUGUGGUUAACCAGUUUGGUCACGUGGUUGUGGCAAGCACACUUGAUCGUGAGGCCGUUCAGAAAUACGCUUUGAUUGUCCAAGCUGCAGACCAGGGGACGCCUGCCCGCACUGGAAGUGUCACAGUGUUAAUUAACUUGCUUGAUAUUAAUGACAAUGGACCAAGGUUUGAAGCACCAUACAUGCCUGUAGUUUGGGAAAAUACAAUGAAGCCUGAGGUAGUGCAUAUGAACCAUACCUCAAAGCUGCUUCAUGCAUUUGAUCCAGAUGCUGAGGAAAAUGGGCCCCCCUUUACCUUUUCAUUGCCACCAGAAUAUAAGAAUUCCUUGGACUUUUCUCUUACUGACAACAGAAAUAACACAGCAACUAUAACAGCUUUGAGGUCCUUUGACAGAGAAAAGCAGAAGGUGUUUCACCUGCCAAUAAUUAUAACAGAUAGUGGGAUUCCAGCCAUGAGCUCCACAACCACCCUGACGAUAACAAUUGGUGAUGAGAACGACAACUGCCAUGAGUCUGGCCACAAGGAGGUCUAUGUGUACAGCUACAAAGGAAAAUGGUCAACAACAGUGCUUGGGGAAGUGUUUGCACCAGAUCAGGAUGACUGGGACAAUAAAACAUUUCUCUCUGAAGGAAAACUGCUCAAAUUUUUCAGAUUAAAUCAGAGGACUGGGUCUUUGCUGAUGGUGGAUAACACUCCUCAGGGAAUAUACAACUUAAAAGUUAGAGUUUCUGAUGGAAUUUGCCCUGAUGUUAUAUCUACAGUACAAAUCCAUGUCAGAGACCUGGAAAAUGAAGCCAUACAAAACUCAGCCACUGUGCGUUUCUCAGGUAUCACAGCAGAGGAGUUCAUAAGGAGAGAUGAACAUGGCAAAACGAGACAUGGAGAGUUCAAGGAGUUCCUUGCAAAGCUGUUGCCUGCCAAGCUGAGUGAUGUGAUUGUGUUCAGUGUGAUGGGCAGGGAUGGACCACAGACAGAUGUGAGGUUUGCAGUCCGUGCUGGCUCAGCCUAUCACACACCUGAGAAGCUGCAUGCGGAGAUGGCAGCGUUCAAAACUGAGAUGCAGUCAGCUCUGAAACUGAACAUUUCCCAGAUCGACGUUGACGAGUGCAGGAGUGCCAACUGCAGUGAGGGCUGUACAAACCACCUGAGUGUGAGUGACAUCCCCACAGUGCUGGACACGGGGAGCGUGUCCUUUGUGUCCCUGAGCACCUCCAGCCACGGGCUGUGCUCCUGCUCCGCCCGCGAGCGCCUGCACCAGCCCUGCUCCUCCUACCCCCGCAGCCCCUGCCUCAACGGGGGCCUUUGUGUCGACACUCUGAACGGCUACAGAUGUCUUUGUCCUGCUUCCUUUCAUGGACCAGACUGCCAGCAGACGAAGCACAGUUUCCAUGGAAAUGGUUAUGCAUGGUUUCGUCCCAUCAGACCUUGUUUUGAAAGCUCACUCUCUCUAGAGUUUAUUACUGUGGUUCCAGAUGGACUUUUACUAUAUAGUGGCCCUUUAUCAAAUCCAGAACCUGGGAGCACAGAAAACUUCAUUGCAAUAGAACUCUCUAGUGGUGUUCCUGUGCUGAAGAUGAGCCAUGGCUCAGGUUCUGUGGUGCUGCAGUUUCCAAGUCAUCUGAAUGUAGCAGACAAGAAGUGGCAUCGACUGGAAGUCAGAACUAAUGGUCAGGCUGUCAGGUUCACUCUGGAUCGCUGCAGCGCCACCGUGCUCUCCGAGAUCGAAGGCGUUGGCCGCUGGCUCUCCACCGAGGAUCGCACGGACUGUGAAGUCCUGGGUUCUGUUCCACGGACAGCAAGGUAUUUGAAUGUGAACCAUGUUCUGCAGCUGGGUGGUGUGAAGGAGUCCAUACCCUACUCCUACCCACAACUGCUACACAAACAUUUUUCUGGUUGCUUGCGCAAUUUCAUCUUGGAUACUCAGGUAUACGACCUUCAGUCUCCUGCAGAGUCCCUGAACAGCUUCCCUGGCUGCUCCCUGACGGAUGGGAGCUGUGAGACCAUGGGAUCUUCCUCCUGUGGUGCCCAUGGGAGGUGCCUUGGGGACUGGGGCUCCUUUGCGUGUCACUGUUUGCCAGGCUACCACGGCUAUCGCUGUGAUAAAGUGGCCAAGGAGUACAGGUUUGAGGCGGGCAGCCACAUCCGCUACCAGCUGCCUGUCAGCGUGUCUGCGCGCAGGACGCUGCUGCAGGCCCUGGUGCGCACGCGGCAGCGCGACGGCGUCAUCGCCUCCGUGCUGUCCCGCGCCAGGGACGAGCACAUCACCCUGCAGGUUGUUCAGGGAUUCUUAGUGGUCUCAUACAAUCUGGGUGAUGGAAACUAUUCUGUAAGCCUUCCCUCCUACCACAUUGAUAAUGGUGAAUGGCAUCACAUCACACUGGAGAGAAAUGAAAAUGAAUUUACUCUUCGCCUUUAUGAAGGAGGUGGCAAGAGAGAGAUUACUAAAGCAGCAGGAAUAUACAAAGAGAUUGUCAUUGACCCCAGCAGCUUGGUCCUUGGAAACACCUACCCAUUCAGUCAAAACAGGAGUUUUCAAGGAUGUAUGAAGGAUGUCAGAUUUAACAACUACAGAAUCCCUCUGGACACUCACGGGAAGGAGCUGGUGUCAGUACUGAGUGCCCAAGGCAUCAAAGAAGGCUGUUCUUCGGAGGCCUGUAGGAAUAACCCUUGCAACCAAGAAUUUAUUUGUAUUGAUUUGUGGAUGAUGCAUGAAUGCAGCUGCCCUGCAGGACACAUGAUCCUGGAGAACGCCUCGGGCCGGCAGUGCGUGUACACGGCGUGCGCCGAGCGGCCCUGCAACGACGGCACCUGCGUGUCCCUGUCCCCCAGCACCUUCCAGUGCCACUGCCCCGACGGCUACAGCGGGCGCCACUGCGAGGUCACGCUGGCCAUCUUCCACAGGGACACCGGCCUCAGCUUCACCUCCCUCUUCGCCAUCUGCGUCUGCUUCCUGGCACUCCUAGCCCUGCUCAGUGCUGCCUUCCUCUGGGCUCACUGGAGAACGCGCAAGGCUCUGCACGGAGGCGUUUACCACGGAUCUGCUCAUCCCGAGGAUCUGGAGGACAUCAGGGAAAACAUCCUCAACUACAACGAAGAAGGGGGUGGGGAGCAAGAUGAAGACGCCUACAACAUGGCAGAGCUGCAGGUGUCCAUCCAAGGCAGCCCGGCGUACUCCGCGCACAGGAGGAAGGAGCCGCCGGCCGCCGUGAGGGCGCGGCGCGGGCCCGGGGGGGGCGCGGCGCUGGGCCGGGCGCUGCCCGCGCUGCUGAGGGAGGCCGAGAGCCGCGCCCCGGGCCCGCCGCAGGACUCGCUGCGCGUCUUCUGCACCGAGGGCGCCGGCUCCAGCGCCGGCAGCCUCAGCUCCCUCAGCUCCCUCAGCUCCGCGGGGCUGGGCGGCGGCGCCGGCGAGGACAUCCACGAGUGGGGACCCAAGUUCGAGAAACUGAGGGAGCUGUACUCGCACAGAGAGGCGGGAGACCUGUAG